ACAUACCGACCGCGGUCGUUGUGGUCACGGCAAAAACGUCACUCAUGACGUCAUGACUAAUGCCCACGCAAGGCUCACAACGACCCAUCUAAAGAGGUGGGUCAAAGUGAACAUUGAGAAUAAUUCGGCGCAAUUUUUGAAAUUGUUUUUGAAAUAUGAUAUUCAAAGCUUAAAGAUGGCGACAAGAAAAAUAACAUUAUAUGAUUCUGAAAGAGAAAUUGUAGUAGAAGCUAUCGUUUCUGAAGCUGAAGCUGCUCGUGCAGAAAGAGAUGUAUUUUUUGCAACUGAGCUGUUAAGAAAAAUUAUUAAUCAAAAUUCUGAAGCUUCCGCAUCUGUUGAAGUUGAUCAAGAAUCUAGUGAAUUAUACGAUGAAGAGACUUCAGAGAGUUUUAUUGGAGAAGAACGACUUGAUAGUGAUAAUCCAACCGAUCUCAACUCUGAAACUCCAGAAUUUGAAGGAGAAACUUCAGUAUACAGGUGGAACUCACCCUGCGUAUUAUUAAUAUUGGAAUUAUAUAGGUCUAUGGAAAGAACUCUGAACAGUGGAAAAAUUUCUCAAAAACAAGUAUGGAAUAAAAUAUCCCAAGAUAUGAAAAAAAAAAAAGGAUACGAUGUGACGGGACCGCAAUGUCAUUCUAAAAUACAAAGCCUAAAAAAAACAUAUAAAUCUACUAAGGAUCAUAACAAUAAGUCAGGAAAUAAUAGAAAGACAUGGCAGUUUUACGAUAUUAGUACAAAUUACUCAAUAUUUUCAUAAAUUUUACAUUUACUUGAAUAUUUUAUAAAACCAAUAAACAAUUUUCAACUUCA